GAGGUCUGUCAUUUACGGAAGUGCUGCAGACCCUUCGGUCUGCAUGGCACACACAUUCUGAACCUAUUCUAAACCACAGGUCUCUCCAUUACAUGGUAAUCAAGGUUAAUGAUCACAUAUCACAUCGUACUCCCCGCAAAAGUGUAGUAUGGGUAAGGAGUUGGUCUUGUAACCUAAAGGUCGCAGGUUCGAUUCCCCGCUAGGAAACUGUCAUUGUACCCUUGAGCAAGGUACUUAACCUGCAUUGCUCUAGUGUAUAUCCAGCUGUAUAAAUGGAUACAAUGUAAGUCGCUCUGGAUAAGAGCGUCUGCUAAAUGCCUGUAAUGCAAUGUAAAAAAAACUGAACUUUGACCUUGAGAAGUGAACUGUUUUUAAGAAACGGCUACACAUUGUGUCUGAAAAAGUUUUUUUUCUUGUUUAAAAAAUGUUUCAAAAAGUUCAAGAGGCAUUCACCCUCUGUCCAGUGUAGCAGCAAACGUUUCAGUCACGUUUUCGUCAGUGCUAUAAUGAACUACUCUAAAUCACUGCCCUCUCCAUUACUUGGAUCAGUGAGGAUAUUAUAAAGAGGAAUGGACUGUGGAGUUAAACUCUGAAUCUGAGCUUUAAUCGUGUUCCUAAGGGAGGGUGUGUGUUUGAGAUUAGCUGAGGAAUGAGAUUCCAUUUGGAUUAACACACAUGAGAGAGAACUGACAGAACCUGAAGAACAGGGCUGGUGUAGAACUGCCGGCAGAUCAGCCACUCAAACCUAAGUGGUACGAUGCCAGCCCCUGCAGGAAGUUCUGUCCCUGAUAAUAAGGUGUGUCUAACAGGAAGAGCUGUUUCUCACAGGUAGAUGCUUUAGUUAUAUCAGGGACCUUUUAAGACGAUUUCAAUCUAUAUUUUUCAGAAAUACAGGAUUUUCUGAUAACAAAGAAAAAAUACCAAGAAGAAGAGAGAUUUGAGUCUAAUUUUAAAGAUAGUCCUUAGCUGCAGUUUGUUGUGACAGCAGUAAGUAAAAGUGAAACUAAACUACAGAUUUAGCAGAAAUCAUUACUGAGCUCUGAACAGACCAAGACAGAAUGGCGUCUGGAUCUUCUCCCCUGGAAGAGGAGCUCUCCUGUCCUGUGUGCUCUGAAAUCUUCAGGGAUCCUGUUGUCCUGAGUUGCAGUCACAGCUUCUGUAAGGCCUGUCUGCAGCAGUACUGGGCACAGAAGGGAUCUCGGGAGUGCCCAGUGUGCAGAAGAUCUUCUAAGUAUAUACCUCCCUGUAACCUGUCUCUGAGAAAUGCCUGUGAGGCUUUCUUAAAGGAGAGAAGUCAGAGAGCUAAAGCAGGAUCUAAAGUGCUCUGCAGUCUGCACAGUGAGAAACUCGGACUCUUCUGUUUGGAUGAUGAUGACCCCAUUUGUGUUGACUGUUUAAGAGAAAAACACAGAAAUCACAACUUCUGUCCAAUAGAGGAGGCUGCUCUGAAAUAUAAGGAGAAACUCAGGACUGCACUGGCUCCACUGCAGGAGAAGCUAAAUGCCUUUAAUGCAAUGAAACUAGUCUGUGACCAAACAGCAGAGCACAUCAAGAGCCAGGCCCAGCACACAGAGAGACAGAUAAAGAUGGAGUUUGAGAAACUUCAGCAGUUCCUAAAAGAUGAAGAGGCAGCCAGGAUCACUGCACUGAGGGAGGAAGAGGAGCAGAAGAGUCAGAUGAUGAAGGAGAAGAUUGAGAAGAUGACAGAAGAGAUAUCAUCCCUUUCAGAACAAAUCAGAGCCAUAGAACAGGAGCUGGGAGCUGAAGACAUCUCAUUCCUGCAGGUAACACAAGUGACUCCUGAAUAUUAUUGCAGAGCCCAGUGCACACUGGCGGAUCCAGAGAAGGUCUCAGGAGCGCUGAUUGAUGUGGCCAAGCACCUGGGCAAUCUGAAGUGCAGAGUGUGGAAGAAGAUGCUGGGGACUGUUCAAUACACUCCUGUGACUCUGGACCCAAACACAGCACAUCCCGACCUCUCACUGUCUGAGGAUCUGACCAGUGUGAGACGCAGUGAUGAGAGACAGCAGGUUCCUGAUAACCCAGAGAGAUUUGAUAGGGGGCUGUGGUGUGUGCUGGGCUCUGAGGGAUUCAGCUCAGGGAGACACUGCUGGGAUGUAGAAGUGGGGGAUGAUGACUGGGUGGUGGGUGUGGUUGAAGAGUCCAUCAGAAGGAAAGGGGUUGUGAAUUGGAGCCGAGCAGGAGGAGUGUGGAGUAUACUGCAGCGCAGUGGGGCAUACACAGCCCUGACCUCCCCACGUACAGCCCUCACUGUGCAGAGGAAACCCCAGAGGAUCAGAGUGCAGCUGGACUGGGACAGGGGGGAGGUGUCAUUCUCUGACCCCAGUGACAACACUCCUCUCUACACUUUUAAACACUCCUUCACUGAGAGAGUGUUUCCAUACUUCUGGCCUGAUUCUCUGCGGAUCUGUCCACUGAAGUUGUCUCUAAGAGUGGAAUAGUGCUGUGGUUUGUGGGCAAGGAUUCGCUUUGACAAGAUUAAUGAGCAUAUUUGCGGAUAAUAUCUUUUACAAUAUUUUAUUGAAUCAUUUUCAAAAUAUAGAUCCAUUUCUGCAGCAGUUCAUGAUGAAUGUAUCUUUGAAAUCUCAUGAUGCAGUAAAAAUCAGGUUGAAAGAACUGCAUUCCAUCACAUCUGAGCAGGAUUAAUUAAAAUAUUUGCUAUACGGUGGUGGUGUAAGUGUGUGGGUUUGUGUGUAAUCAGUUUAAUUGUAAUAAAUACACCAGUGGAAUCACUCCAGAGUGCUGCUCUUUUCCUGACCCGUCACCAGUGUGUCUCCCAGCUGUGUGAUGAGGUAAGUCUCCUCCUCUAGGGCAGUAUGAACACAGGCAGAGGC